CAGCUCUUGUCAUAGCUGAGCGUAUGAGGAGCGAAGUACCAGAUUUCAGUGGCAGUAGAGCCAAUCUGGAAGUCUGCAUACUGAAAUACCUGGCACAAGAAGAAAAGUUUGAAAACUACAAGCUUUACCUUUGUUCCCCAGUAGACCUUUUGGAGAGUUACAUUCAGACACAUGUUAAGACAUACUGUUUAGAUCAGAACAGACGGCUGGUGAUGUUUCUAAAUACAACUCUUACCCAGUACUAUGAAACCAUUCAGAAAGCUGUUUUUGCAUCAACCGCAGUUGUCAAAGGCAGAAGAGACAGCAAUAAGAUCAUCUCUCUUUGGCUGGAUGAAUUCUGCAGAGAACUUGGAGGAGUCCUAAGAUUGCCCAGGGGUGACCUGGUUGGCAUUGAACAUCUGGAGAUAACUGACAUAGAGUUUCUGAAUGACGCCAUGAUGAAGGCCCUUUCACCUCUGAGGAAUCGUCUCAAGGAAGAGUUUGCAUGUGCUAAUUUGAGCUCAUUUGAAAAGCAGCCUCACAGGAUACUGUUGGAACAGUUCCCAGGGUGCAAGGAGCAGUGCCCAUUUUGUGGGUCAGUUUGCACAAACACUAUACCAAACCACGAUGGAGAUCACCAGCUUGUCUUCCAUCGUCCUCAAGCUUUGGCUGGAUGGAAAUUCUAUAAAACAGACAUCCUUGUCAUUGAUAUUUGCUCUAGCUGUGUUGCCAGCGAUAUGUCCUUCAGGCUUGGAGAUGACUUGCGGUUCCCCUACAAGAAAUACCGAGAUGCAGGACCUCCUUUUAACACUUGGAAGAUUCUUCCUGAUUCAUCCAUGCAAAAAUACUGGAAAUGGUUUGUGUGUCAUUUCAGGGCACAGCUAGAAAAAUUCUUCAAAGGUAAAUUCUAUGACAUAGGAAAAAUCCCUACUUCUUGGCACACAGUUACAAAGCAGGAAGCACUUGACGAACUGAGGUAGGCUAAGUUGACAUGAAGGAAAAUCUGCACCUGCUUUGCAUUUCAGAAGAACGUGACAUGAGAAUAUCCACAAAAUAUUGUUGUAACAAUUAUGGCCGUCAACAGUGUCAAAAGAACUGCACCCAGCUGCGUGUAGAGCCUGGCCAAAUGAGAUGUGCUACUCCUACCACCCCUCAGAAAUGCCCCUGCUUCAUGAUAAAUUCAAACUCCUCUUCCUUUCUUGCCAUACAUGCUUGCAUCAGAUAGUUUGUCUUAGAGCAAAAAAAGAAUGUUUCUGCAUCAGCCAUUCAUAUAGACAAGGUUAAGAGCAAGGCAGCAUUAGAAAGUACCAAAGUAUCUGCUAUGUGAAAAUAAAUGACAUUGGCAAAAGAACAGUUUCCCUGCAGGAAAUCAUCAUCACGCUUAAAGAAAGGACAACGAUGUCUGAGUGCGGGUAAACAUUUGUGUGGAUCUAAAAACCCCUUCUUGCUAAACUUAGUACCCCGCUCAGUGAUAGUGAUUAAUCUCAGUAUUCAUUAGGUAUCCUUUCUAUGUUAAGAUGUACCCACAUUUCCAUGAGCUCCUGCUCAAGUCCCCUGUUGAACUUCCCUCUCUCUCGCUGACAAUCCAACUACUUUUAGCAUGUGCUUAGAUUUUGGUCAAAAGCCCCUUGUAGAACCAACACAGAGAAUUAGUUAUCUCUGCAGCUUCCUCAGCAGGCAUCAGCAGUGUGUGAUGUUAGCAUUUGUGUUUUGAAGGCAGCCAGGAACUGGGUGCUGGUCUGAAGAACAUCUCACCAGCUCUGCCUGUACCAACAUAGACAAUAGCAGGGUUUGCUGCACAGUUCCUGCAGUACUGUUGAUGCUCCUGGAAAGUUGGUGAUUCGCUAUAAGCAUUUUUAGUCUUGGUACAGGUUGGUUUGCUUAGUAAUAGGGAUUGGUACAUUAGUUUAACAUCAAUAUAUUAGUUAAGCAAAAGGAAUUGAUAAGUGAUAGUUCUAAAACUCUAAAUUUCAGCUUUCGUGUGUGUACAGUCUUGUUUUUCCUCGAUGAUUUCACACUGGUGACAUAAUAGAGCACUCUUAUCUUCUGCCUCAAUGAUUUUGUGUUGUAAUACAAGAAGAAUUUUACAGAGCAGCAGCCAUGGAUCAAGAUAAGGACUUCACAGUGCAGCAGCAGUGGAGCAGGAUAAACAGCAUGAGAACCAAGGGCAGCACUAGGAAAAGAAUGGCUUGCAGCUUUGAAGGGGGGUCCUGGGGUUAUUACUGCAGUAGCUUUCCUCCAAUUAGUGUGUGUGAUUUUUGGACUCCCGCGUCUUUCUGUUAUAAAAGUAUGACUUUUCGGAGAAUAAAUGGACACAGCCAUAUUUAACCGUA